UCUUUCUCCCUUUCUCCCUUUCUUUCUUUCAUUCAGAAAGAAAUCACACAAACCCAGCCAAAAAAACCCUAGCACUGUAAGCGUACACCACCGCCGCAAGGAGUGGCAUACUGCCGCCGUCCGUCGCACUUAAAGUUCGCCAUCCGUCCGUCUAUCUAGCUUCCCUCGUGCUCCAAGUCUUCAACCCCUGUUCGCUGUCACCGAUCGCUUUGUCUUCCCUCGAGCUCGGCGUCCGUCGUCUUUGUCUGCUCAGCCGCGCUUCCGUCGCCGUUUGUUUGCCGUUCACGUUCGCUCGGCGUUCACCGUUCGCGUUCACUCGCUGUUCACUGUUCGAGUUCGCAUUCGUGUUCGUCUCGAAGCCACGUUGCUCUGCUUCAAACUCUGCGACCAACCCGCGCGCUCCACCUAGCCUCGAACUGCUCUCUUUUGUCGCCGCCAACCUUAAGUGCCGCUCAAGAACAGAAACUAUGGAGGAACAGCAGCAGCAGCGAAAGAAGAACUACCGGAAGAGGAGUGCUCCAAUCGAAGAAGACGAACCCCAACAAUCCGAAAACAACAAUGAAUCCGACGAUGAACGAGAAAGAAGAAUGGCGCUGGAAGAGAUUAAGCUCCUCCAGAAGCAGAGAGAAAGAAAAUCUGGAAUUCCUGCAAACCCUAGUUUGCAGGUGCAGACCGAAAUUGGAAACGGUUUAGCUGCGAAAUCUGCCGAAAAGAAUGACGGAGAUGGCGGCGACAAGGACGAGCUUGUUCUUCAGGAUACCUUUGCUCAAGAGACUGCUGUUAUGGUUGAAGAUCCUAAUAUGGUAAAGUAUAUUGAGCAAGAAUUAGCAAAGAAGAGGGGCAGGAAAAUUGAUGAAGCUGAUCAAGUUGAGAAUGAAUUGAAACGUGCAGAAGAUGAACUGUACAAAAUCCCUGAGCAUCUGAAAGUUAAAAGGCGAAAUUCAGAAGAAAGUUCUACUCAGUGGACUACUGGUAUUGCUGAGGUUCAGCUUCCAAUCGAAUAUAAGUUAAAAAAUAUUGAAGAAACAGAGGCUGCCAAAAAGCUUUUGCAGGAGAAAAGGCUCAUGGGUCGGACAAAAUCAGAAUUCAGUAUUCCCUCAAGCUACAGUGCUGAUUAUUUCCAGCGUGGCAGGGAUUAUGCUGAAAAACUCAGAAGAGAACACCCAGAGCUGUACAAAGAUAGAACUACACAGGUUGAUAGUUCUGGGUCCAAACAAAAUGAUUCGGGCAAUGAAGCUGCAGGAGCAGGACAGAGGCAAGCUGCAACAGAUGAAUUCAUGCUAGAGCGCUUCAGGAAACGAGAACGCCAUCGUGUAAUGCGGAGAUAACACGUGAUAAUAUCAGUGGUGCCAUAUAUAUUUUUAUAGCAGCAUUAAUAUCAAGAAAUUUAAAAGUCCUGCCAUGCCAUCGAUCUGCAUUAGUUCCUUGUUGACUCGGUGACAGAAGAUCCACCAGCUGUUCAUGUUUUCUUAUAUGCUGCUUCACAAUAUAUUUUUUUUAUCCAGAAAAAUCGUCAAGAGGUGACGAAAUGUAUAACCUAGCUACUGCCAGCAUCAUGUGUCUAAAAUCUUACAGCGGCCCAUGUUAAGAGUUUGAAGAAGAAUUGUGAUAUUUGGCUUUUCACAUUUCUGGUUGGUUGUCCAUACCUAGCUUGUUUGUAACAAUUAACUGGUGAAUGAGUUUGUAGCAAUCGACAUAAAUGAUAACGGUGCUAAGAAGUUUAGGCACCUUAUUAGUACAUCUACUAUACUGAUUUUCAAUUUGUUUUUCAUUUGAAAAGUUGCAUAUUGAUCAAGCUGCUGUGUCAAACCUCAGAGCUACUUUAUUUUUUGUUUCUAUCCUCAUAGUAGACAUGAGGCAUGUUACUUAUGUCAGUGUUAAUUUGGUGGGUGUUCUUAGGGUUAAGGCUAAUUUUUUUAUA